AUGCAGCCUGAUGGAGAAGGUACAACGAGGAAUAUUGGACGACAUGCGCUGUGCAGACCUCUUUCUUCGCUGGUCAUGGUCGUGUGCUCCCCUGUCGUGCUGAAGGCUGGUGGGCCUGAGGCGUCUUCACAUGCAGCACGAGCUGGAUUGAGUGGUGGAGUGGACACCCACCUCGAGGCCGUUAUGCGUUAUAUGGCGAGAUCAAUGGGCAAACUAUUGAUUGCCGUUGGGAGGCGGUGCACAUAG